UUCUCACUUUGCCUCUGUUCACUUGAAUUUCCCAGCAAGAUGAGCCAGGAGAUAUGAAGUUUUUGCCUUUUUGUAUUUACAAAAUCUGGAGUUUAAUGUAACUCUACGAAGUCUUUUCGUAAUUGUACGUUGACUUGUGACGCUGACGUAUACUUUCAUGUUUUCUUUGAUCCGUAGGCUCAGCGGUCUCAUGUUUAGAAACCCAUAGUCUAAAGAAUAGAAAAUUCAGAUUUAGAAUCAUGUGUCGCUUCAGCUUCUACAUGUUCCGCUGUUGAGAGGCUGCCUCGACAUAGUUGAUGCCAUAAGCGGUGCUUUGGGUGAAGCCAUAAACGGUGAAGAGCAAGAGCUUCACCUUCAACCUAGAAUUGAAUACACAACCAGUCGAGCAGAGGAGCUUCUCACUCUUCAGCACAGAAAAAAUAUCGACUUUGAAGUUUGAAUAUUAUCCUACACAGCCAGAGGGAGUAUCAUCCAGUAGUUCUUGGUUUUAACCCGGAUGAGCAGCAGGAUGCCUGAUUUAGAUUUAUUUGGGCCUUCGCCAGCGGCGCCGGCGGUUACGAGCAAGGAGGCGAGCAACCCAUUAUUGUCCAACGGAGGGGGUCCCAACACUUCUGCAGCCAGUAUUAUUAAGGCUCACGACAAUAAUUCUGUCAUCAUAGUUAAUUAAUUAGUUGAGCAUGUUAAUGUAUUGAUUGAAAGGGCGGUGGCAUAUAGUCCUAACGCAAAAAAAAAACAUCUUACGAUGGUGUGCAUUGUACGUAGGGUUCCCCCCUUUAAAAGAAAAACGCCUUAAAGAUGCAGCGCCUCAAGAUGAUGAGUACUAUAGGUCGUAAGGUCUAUUAUAGCUUUAAGCUCUAAUAUUCGCACGAACCUGUUAGAGCCAAGUACAUCAACGGGAGCCUCAUCAUCGUGUGCGGCUGUGGACGACAGUGCGCCAAAGCUGUACGACAACUUGAAGCAGCUGAUUAAAGUAGUGGACGAUUUGAGGGAUGUGGGCUUGCAGCAAUACAUCGACUUGCCGCGGAUCGUCGCUAUCGGAAGUCAAAGUUCCGGAAAAAGCAGUGUUAUAGGUACUUAUGUCCCGUAUUAAGUGUUAAAUUCUGAUACUAGAAAGAGUUAACUUCCGAGAUAGAAGACUUAUCUUAACUCUGUUUGUGUUCCAAGAAACAAGAUUCUUACAUCCCCAAUAAAAACAACCAUCUUCCUCCAUUAGAAACACAACAUCAACUCCACUGACAAGUCACCAUUAUCAUCAUCAUCGUCAUCAUCAUCAUCAACAUCGUCAUCAGCAUCAUCAUCAUCAACAUCAACAUCAACAUCAACAUCAACAUCAACAUCAUCAUCAUCAUCAUCAUCAUCAUCAUCAUCAUCAUCAUCAUCGUCAUCACCUUCAGGAAGAAACUUGAGGCUUCCGCACCUUUAGGAGGAAGCUUUAGGCUUCAUCAUCACCUUUAGGCUUCCGCUCACCUUUACUAGGACGAAAUUUUGCUUCCGCACCAAAAAAAAACAGAAAGCAUUGCUGGUUACGAUUUCUUACCUCGCGGUGAUGGUCUGUGUACUCGGCGACCUCUGGAGUUGCGGAUGAAGCAUUUGAACCCCGCAGACUAUCCUGGAGAGGUCGCCUACGCUAUUUUCGAGAGGACGAAGAAGAAAUUUACGAACUUUGACCAAGUCCGGGAAGAAAUUGAAAGGGAAACGGAUAUGAUAGCUGGUAUGAAGAUUAUGUUUAUGAAUGAUUGUUUAGUAGACCUACACUUCACAUCUCAUGACUCCGACGCACGUAGCGUCCAGGCUUGAUUGAGGCCCUUGAAUUUGAAUUUGAAUUUGGAUAAGCAAUAAGAGAUACGUUGAAGUAAGUGGAUAAUGAUGAUGUGGCUGGUUUUUCGUAGCAGAAAUUGUUUCGUCUUGCCGAUGGCUGUGUACUAUAGUCAUUUGAGACGCGAUGUAUGUAUGAUAAGCAGGAAUUAAAGGAAUAAUAAGCUGGUUAUCCUAUCUCUUGGUGGCUCGUAAUUUCUUUUAUAAGCUGGCUAUCCUAUCUCUUCUUGGUAGAUUGCUACACGUGACAUCACCACACGUUCCUACAAUCCAUAGGUAAAAACAAAGCCAUCGUAGAUGACCCGAUUAAGUUGGAGAUCCAUGCUACAAACGCGCCGGAUUUGACACUUAUCGAUUUGCCUGGAAUCACGCUAGUGCCGAUGAAGGGCAGUGAUCAGAACGAGGACAUCGAGAAAAUUACGAAGGAUAUGACGAACAGGUACUGAAGUCCCUCAGACCCUUACUUCCGAGAGUAGGGUCUCUUAGACAUCACUAUACAUCGCCAUACACUUGCGUUCAUCCUCUUAGAAAACAGAUUUUGCAGCCUCCAAGAACUCAAGCAUGUUCUAGACAUUUUGUUCAUCCCAUACAGCAUGAUGAGUAUGUCCUUCACCACAUUUAUUUAAUUUAUAUCAAUCUCUCAACAGGUACAUUCAAAACCAGAAGACGAUCAUUCUUGCAGUCCUUCCUGCGAAUCAGGAUGUUGUGAAUGCGGAUAGUUUACAAAUGGCCAAAGCAGCAGAUCCGCAAGGUCUGAGGACUAUUGGUGUCAUCACCAAGAUAGACAUCAUGGAUCGCGGAACAGACGCAGUGAAGAUGCUUCAGGGUGCUGAUGUGCCGUUGAUGCUGGGUUAUGUAGGCGUCAAGCUGAGGAGUCAGCAAGACAUCAGGGAUAAAAAGAAGAUUAAGGUACUAAAAAUUGUAAUUUCUCGUUCUUUGCUCUCUUGUUGGUUGCAUCUGCUUGUGGUUCUCCUGUCUCAAAACAUGUUAGUUGAGGUUACGAAUUUCACUGGAAAUUCUUCAAACUUCACUCCUUCCGUUACACGCACAGGCAGCACUUUUGACAGAGAAGCAGUGGUUCGCGGAGCAUCCGAGAUACAGCAGGCUGCCACCAGGCAUGACAGGGAUCCCAACGUUGAUCGAAAAAUUGACGAAAAUUCUCUUCAAGCAUAUCCGUCACGUUUUGCCAGGUACUGGUUCAUAUUUGGAAGUGUUGCAUCGCAUACCAAGACUACCAUCGCGUUGAUUCAUGUGCUGCAACAGAGAAUUACAUGUUCUGCAACAGUGAAAGUAUUACUCGCUUAUAUCCAUUAUAAGGAAUCUACUUUCCCUUCUGAUGAUGUCGAACUAACGUAGUUUUUACCUCUAUAGGCUUAGCCCUUCAAAGAAUAUAUCACUACCCUACCCAUUUCUUAUCAAACCUUCCCAAUCCAGACAUCAAAAGCGAGAUCCAGUCGCGUAUGAGAACAGUGUCUGCGCGGUUGGAAGAGCUAGGAGAAGGCGUUCCUCUAGACGAAAAAGAGCAAGUGCAAUUAGUCUGGGGUCUCAUCAAUGACUACACGGAAUGUUUCAAGAGCACCAUUAGGGGAAGGUAGUGCUCUUUGAUCACUAGACUUGUUUUUAGGCUAUUUUUAUUUUUCGUGUUCAGUUAUAGAUAUUUGGAAUGCCUGACUUUUUUGAUUUUUUGUUUGCUAGUUAGGAGUGCUCCACCGAUGAUAUUAAGAAGAUUCUUGUCGAGGAAGAAGUCCUUCUUUCAACACUGUCCUGAUGCGUCCCUUCACAUUCAUCACUCCUUCGUCAAUCCGACAGGUACGACCGCAAGUUGCAUCGUUACAUCUCUGCUUUACUCGAAAUCAAUGGAGGAGCUCAGAUUAGAACGAUCUUCAACGAAUUUUUGAUCGACUUUCACAUGGAGUCGAUCACGGAUGCGCUAGACGAUCACGAGAUUGACAGGGCUAUUAGGAUGCAUGAAGGGGACUCUCUACCUGGAUUCGGCAACAUGGAAUCCUUCGAAUACCUGCUAAGACCGCAUUUGCAGAAGGUAUUGAAGCUUAGAUUGAAUAGGACAUCUCUUUUUCACUUUCCGUAACAGUAGGGAUGUGGGCGCUCUCACAUACUAGUUCGUACAUUCAAGAUCAAGUCUUCCUAUCACCUCUGCACCUCUUUCCUACCGCCUCUCUUUCCUACCGCCUCUCUUUCCUACCGCCUCUUUUUCCUACCGCCUCUCUUUCCCAGCGCCUCUCUUUCCUACCACUUUGCCUACAUUUCAACGGCAGGUCAAGCUCCCCGCUUCCGAAUGUGUUAGCGACGUCUCUGCCGCACUAGACAAUAUCUGUCAGAAAAUCGCAAAAAGCGUUUUCCGGCGGUUCCCGAAGCUUGCUGAUUUGGUCUUGCAGAAGAGUCAAGAUAUUUGCUAUAACGAGAAGCAAAAGGCCAUGGACGUCGUGGAGCAUCUUGUGAGUGCGGAAAUCGUCUAUCGGUUUACUAAUGUUAUGGAAACGGCUCAUUUCUACGUGGGUAAGAGUAUCGACAUGGUUCUAGUAAAGGUAUUUCCUAGAAAAAGUCAAGUGCUGGCUCAUUUACAAUUUGUAACCGACUAAGAUUCUUGAUUUUGGAGGAAGGAAUGAAGCGUAUUAUACGCGGUGUGUGGUAUUACAAAUCUGAUUCUCUUCUCCUUCUAAUCCCCAUGACGAAUACCUUGUCGAGUUUGCGCAAAUGGGCACGAUGUACCAGAAAGGGGGUCAAACCGUAGACACGCAGAAUGCCACUCUUUCUGCAGCUGACGCACAGGCUAACCAGGACGAAAUGGAGGAGCGCUUAGCACGUGCAGGCGCUUUUGCUGCUCAGAAGGCUAGCGACUUGCGUGAUGGGGUCUCUAAAUUUUUCCAAGACCCCAACGAGAAGAGGAUGUUCCGAAAUGUGGGCAAUAACAAUGGGAUGCUGUACAACAAGACGCACAUUGACCACUUGCGAAGACAAUUAGACUGCUUCUUUUCCUUGAGCAUCCGAAAUUGGCGUGAUAGCAUUCCGAAGGCAAUUGGCUAUUUUCUAGUACGGGCGUUGGAAGACAAGAUGCAAUUCGAAUUAUUCGUAGGGUUGACGCAGCAGAACCAGAAAAACCUCACAGAAAUGCUAGGCGAGCCUCCACACAUCACAGAUGAGCGGAGAUCUCUUGCUGCACAGGAGAAAACCCUGAAGAAAGCAGCUGACAUCCUGCAAAAAGACCCACAGAUUGCAUCUUUGGCAUUGGAAGGCGGCUUGGCUAGUGGAAGUGGAGGUGGACCUACUACUUCAUCUAGUGGAGGAGGGGUAGGCGGCCAACAACUACCUGGAGGAGGGGCCGGCAGAGGUGGUGGCCCAGGAGGUAAUAUGAUGCCAGGAGGAGGAAUGCCGGGUAGCGGUAUGGGUGGUAUGCCAGGAGGGCCACCAAGCGGACCGAAUUUCAACCCACAUGCGCGACCAGGACCACCUGGAGGAGGUGCCAUCCCUCAGCCGCAACAGCCAGCUCGUGCUGGAGGUCGCUCGUUGUUUGAUGAGGGUCUGCCACAAGGAGGCGGAGGAGCAAGGGGUGGUCGGUCGCUGUUCGGCUAGAGGAUAAUUUGUUUGGUGAAAGGGUUGGACUAGAAGUCACUAGUAUUAUUAACGUCUUUCAAUCAUCUUCAGUCUCUAGGUCAUCCUCGGAUGCUAGGAGAUGAAUUUACAAAACUUUCUACUCAUGUACAAGUGAUUCGAUUUUUAAUGUUCUAAAGCGCAAAAGCCUAAGGGGGCUUUCAGGAAAGUAGAUCUGGAUCGCUAAAACCUUUUUCUUUUUGACAAUUCCAAAAACAAUAUCAAAUAUCUCAAAUCAUUAUCAGUAAAAAAGAUCCAACUAUUAACUAUGAUCAAUGUACAUGACUCACCUUGUUCGUCACCAAGACCAAAAUUUCUCCCAAGGAAAGGACCUCACAUAUGAUUUUUUGUUGUCGCUGUACCCCUGUGGAAAAGGGCAUACCGACACCCACCAAUGAACCUUUUUUGACUUCACAAAUCUUUACCCGCCUAAAGGAAUCCUGUACAUUUGAUUUUCAAC